AUGUACUCACCAUCGUGGAUCAUCACGGUCCAGAAGUUGACAAAAGUGAAAAGAAGCAGAGGGCCAGUGAAGCCAUCUGUGGAUAAAGUAAAUUCCGCAGUCGGUAAACAUAAUGAAGGAAGGAAUCUGAUACAACAGAGCCCACCAGCCUCCUGUUUGCUCGUUCACGUGAUAGUAAAGUUUAGAGUGGCCGUGGAGUUCCAACAAGAACCAAGGCACGGUCAACAAGACCAUGACCGGGAUAGACGAAAGCGCUUGCUUGAUUUCCAAAGACAUUUGGUUCUUGAGGUAUCUUGGGUGGUUGAAAUUGGUUUUGUCGUAAACAAAGUGGUACGAUGCAGCGGCAACUCCAAAGUACAAGAUCCAUCCAAAAAUGGUCAUAAUGAUAAACAAAGAGAUGGACUGUCUGAUUAG